AUGUGGUACUCAACAGUGCAAAGCGCACCGCAAUAUCCACUAAAAAACCAGCCGUACACUCUUCGUCUCCUCUGGAGACUUCUAUUAAUACAAGAAACCAGCUUUAAAAUAACAACAACAACAUUGAAACCGAAAGAGAGAAUAAACAUCUUGAGACAGAAAAUAAACGAAGAGAUUCUUAAUAAAAGAUCAAAAGAUUUGUAUCCUGACAACGUCAAAGGCACCAUACUCGAAGAUUAUGAAUAUAUCCAAAGCGAUAGAACGUUGCCGAUCACACCAGUCAUGGAUUUCGAUCCGAAAAAACUCAAUGACAAAUUUAAAUUGCGACCGGUUAAAAGUAAAACGUCACCUGUCAAAGAUGACACGUACAAAAAUACCGCGAAAAAACCAACUGGCACAGGUAACGCACUGAGGCUGAAGUCGAACAGAUCAAUGACACAUCUUCGUAAAGAAAAACGGGUCCGUUUAAAAAAACCCUUGGAGAUUUUCUACAGACGCAUUUAUAAUAUCGAAAUGUUGCAAGACAGGAUUGAAUGGAUACACUGUCAGGAUAUGAUCACUCCUAUACUGACUGGUUUGAGGGUUAAUAUCAGUAAUCCAAAAAGGCUUUUUUCAAAAGAUCCAGUUGUAAUAAGAUUUAUUCAACUAUUGAACGUGAACACGUCGACGUACAGCCGAGACGAUAUAUAUUCGAUAUUAUACCAAAUCAGUAAUUUACAACUGAGACUGUUUCAAUGGGACGUCGUUCCUCUAAAUAUUCUAUUAAAUGUUAUUAUAAAAGAGAGAAAACACACGUUCGGUAACUUAAAACAUGGUAUUCGAGAUUUGUUCAACAAUUGGCAUUUGGACAUAAGUAACACGACCAGCUUGUUGAAGCAGGCGCGCAUUUUCCGACCACCCUGCGUCAAAGUCUCCACUUUCGAUGGAUCAACAAAAUCCCCCAAAGUUACUAAAUACAAGAAAAACGGUAAAGAGACGACGCGCUGUGAUGACGACGAAGAUUGUAAAGAUUGAAUUAAAAA